AUGCAUCACCACCACGGAAUAUUCAUGCUCGCCCUCCUGGCAUUCCUACUGGUGCUCACAGUCCUCGGAACAGACACUGCAAAGAAAGACAAACAAGAGAAGAAGGCCAAGAAGUCAGACUGUGGUGAAUGGCAAUGGAGUGUCUGUGUCCCCUCCGCCGGUGACUGUGGUAUCGGGAUGCGGGAGGGUACGAGGUCAGGAAAAGAAUGUAAACAAAACGCAAAAACCCAAAAGUGUAAAAUCCCAUGCAACUGGAAGAAGCAAUUUGGAGCGGAGUGUAAGUACCAGUUCCAGGAGUGGGGAGAGUGUGACCCAGAGACUGGGGUAAAGACACGGAACGGAAGUCUGAAGAGAGCCCUCCACAACGCGGAGUGCCAGAAAACAGUCACCUUGUCCAAGCCAUGUGGAAAGAUCACCAAACCACCAAAAUCUCAAGGUAAGAAAACUCCAUGA